UUCUCUCUCUUUUUUUACUUUGUUUUGAGUGCAACUGUUUGUUUGUUUGGAUUUCCCUGUCCACUUUGUUCUUUUGUUAAUCUCGGAAGGGUCCUAAGCGGCCGAGGCCUUGGAGUUUUUCUCGGCUUCUUGUCGAUUUGUUUGUUGUUUCAGAUCGGUUCCAAGGUAUAUGAGAUAGGUAUAGCCAUCACGCGCUCAGGGAAUUUUGGGGCCUUUCCAUCUGCUCCCUCUUCCUCACAACCAGUUCUGCCUCUUUCGUCCUCGUCGUUCUCCUCCUUAAUUUGUCUUGAUAGCUCGGGCCUCGGGGAGCAAGAGUCUUCCAGAUCUCUCUCUCAUGCGAAGGGGGGAAGAAGAAGGAGCACUGCCAAUCCAAGAACAAUCCGGAGUUGGUGUGACGACCUAGGUUGGGAGCCGAUGGCAUCGAAUUCAUCGGCAGCGGCGGCGGCGGCGUUCUUCGGGAUGAGGGAUGGGGACCAGCAAGACCAGAUGAAGCCGCUGAUAUCACAGCAGCAGCACCACCACCACCACCACCAGCAGCAGCACCAGCUGGCAGCGGUGGCACUUUCCGGCGCGGGGAGCGCGGCGCCUGCCGCGUCCAGCCAGGGCGCUCCGGCGGCGGCACCACCGGCCAAGAAGAAGAGGACUCUACCCGACCCGGACGCGGAGGUGAUCGCGCUGUCGCCCAAGACGCUGAUGGCGACGAACCGGUUCGUGUGCGAGGUGUGCAACAAGGGGUUCCAGCGGGAGCAGAACCUGCAGCUGCACCGCCGCGGCCACAACCUGCCGUGGAAGCUGAAGCAGAAGAACCCGAACCAGGUGCAGCGCCGGCGCGUGUACCUGUGCCCGGAGCCGACGUGCGUCCACCACGACCCGUCCCGCGCCCUGGGCGACCUCACCGGCAUCAAGAAGCACUUCUGCCGCAAGCACGGCGAGAAGAAGUGGAAGUGCGACAAGUGCUCCAAGCGCUACGCCGUGCAGUCCGACUGGAAGGCGCACUCCAAGAUCUGCGGCACCCGCGAGUACCGCUGCGACUGCGGCACCCUCUUCUCACGGAGGGACAGCUUCAUCACCCACAGGGCCUUCUGCGACGCCCUGGCGCAGGAGAGCGCCAGGCUGCCGCCGACGAGCCUGAGCAGCCUCACCAGCCACCUCUACGGGGCUACUAACGCUGGCAACAUGGCGCUGAGCCUGUCCCAGGUGGGAUCCCACCUCAACUCCACCCUGCAGCAUGACGGUCACCACCACCACCCGUCCCCGGAGCUCCUGCGCCUCGGCGGAGCGGCUGGCGGAGGCAGCAGCAGCAUCGCCGCGCGCCUCGACCACCUCCUGUCGCCCUCUGGCGCGUCAGCGUUCCGCCCGCCUCAGCAGCAGCCCCAGUCGGCCUUCUUCCUCAACGCGGCGCCGGGGCAGGAUUUCGGGGACGAGGCGGGCAAUGGGUCACACUCCUACCUGCAGUCCAAGCCGUUCCAUGGCCUCAUGCAGCUCCCAGACCUCCAGGGCAAUGGUGCGGGAGGGCCCGCCUCUUCGGGCCAUGGCCUCUUCAACCUGGGCUUCUUCUCCAACAAUGGCAAUAGCUCGGGGUCUAGUCAUGAGCAUGCAAGCCAGGGAAUGAUGAGCAACGACCAGUUCAGCGGCGGAGCUGGCGGCGGUGGCUCUGAGGUAUCAGCAGCGGCGAUUUUCGGCGGGAACUUUGUUGGUGGUGAUCACAUUUCGCAGGCUGGGAUGUACAACGACCAGGCGCCCAUGCUGCCUCAGAUGUCUGCGACCGCACUGCUCCAGAAGGCGGCGCAGAUGGGCGCGACCUCCAGCCCCAACGGCGCGGCGUCCAUGUUCCGGGGCUUCGUGGGCUCUUCGCCGCACGGGCGACAGGGGACACCGCAGCAGCAGAUGGACCAGAACGAUGCGAACCUGAACGAGCUGAUGAACUCUCUGGCUGCUGGCGGCGGCGUCAAUGCCGCGGCGAUGUUUGGCGGCGCUAACGGCGGUCCCGCCGGGAUGUUUGAUCCAAGGAUGUGCGACAUGGAUCAGCACGAGGUGAAAUUCAGCCAGGGAGGAGGUGGUGUUGGUGGCAACGGUGGUGGUGCUGGCGGCGGCGGCGGCGACAUGACGCGGGACUUUCUUGGCGUGGGCGGAGGCGGCAUCGUGCGCGGGAUAUCGACACCGAGAGGAGACCACCAUCAGAGCAGCAGCGACAUGAGUUCCUUGGAGGCCGAGAUGAAGUCGGCUUCGUCCUUCAACGGAGGCCGGAUGCCAUGAUCGACGGAUCGAUCAAGCUUACACAAGCGUAAGCUCCGAUCUGUCGAGUGAGUCUGAGACUUGAAGCAACCUGGAAUUAGCGCAUGCAUGCAUGAGAGGAGUAAGGUUAGCGAGUUAGCAACUAAGUUGAUCGCAUGAGUAAGGUUACAUGCAUGGGAUAAGGCUACCUAGCUAAGCUCUCCAUGGCCUGAAGACUUGGAGUACCGUGAAAGAGAGGCGUCUUCUGAGACUAAUUAAGUAAUUAGCUAGUGCGAGUGAACGCUUGCAUGUGAUGACGACCCUAGCUUGGUCGUCGAGGAGUUUGGAGUCUGUGUUCUUGUUCUUGUCGUCUGUUUUCCUUCCCUGUAAUUGGAUGUUUGUUGGGUUAAAUAUAGUUCCCGAGAUAGAAGAACCAAUAAGACUAUUUUGAAGUUUCAACAAAAAAAACCCUUUUAUUA